ACAGCUGGGGGAAAGAAAGAAAGAAGAAGAAGAAGAAGGAGAGCUCUGUUUUCUCUCUUUCUCUGUGGGUUUGUUUUCAGCUGCAGAAUUCAAGUUUUCAUCUUUUUCAAUUCUCUCGUGAAAAUUCCGGUUAUUUUUCUCGGGAAUCUCUCCUAACGGCUUUUCCCUUCGCCGUGAAAUUCCGUUUCCGUUUUCUAUAUACCUCCUCUGUUUCCGGUUAGAUUCUCUUCGCCUGAAUCGGAACACGCCGAUUUUGAUUCCAAAGUACAUGGUGACAUGCGUAUUCUAGAGUUUGCUGUGGAUUUGCCUUCUGUGACUGAAAUUUUCGGGUCAAAAUAUUCAACUAAUCUUCCUCUGCCACUGGAUUAAGAUGUCAGGCCUAGAAGGGUGGGGAGCGCAAGAUGAAAUUAGAGAUAGAAGAUCAGAUUUUGAGAAUUCUGAAGAAGAGAGAAGACGUUCAAGAAUUUGCAACCUCAGGAAGAAGGCGAUAAAUGCUUCAAGUAAGUUCACCCAUUCUCUUAAGAAAAGAGGAAAAAGAAAAAUCGACUACAGGGUUCCAUCGGUUUCUAUAGAAGAUGUACGGGAUGCAGCAGAGGAGAUUGCUGUCCAAGAAUUGCGUCAAAGACUGCUUGACAGGGACUUGUUGCCUGCUAGGCAUGAUGACUACCAUACUUUGUUGAGAUUUUUGAAAGCUAGAGACCUUAAUAUUGACAAAACAAUUCAAUUAUGGGAAGAAAUGCUUAAAUGGAGAAAUGAAUUCGGGACAGACACCAUUUUGGAGGAUUUUGAAUUUGGAGAGCUCGAUGAAGUAUUGCAAUAUUACCCUCAAGGGUACCAUGGUGUUGAUAAAGAAGGGAGGCCUGUUUACAUAGAGAGACUGGGAAAAGCCCAUCCAAGUAGGCUUAUGCAAAUAACCAGCAUAGAGCGAUACCUAAAGUACCAUGUCCAAGAAUUUGAGAGGGCUCUACAGGAAAAAUUCCCUGCUUGUUCAAUUGCUGCAAAGAGACAGAUAUGUUCUACAACAACUAUACUGGAUGUGCAAGGCUUGGGCAUGAAAAAUUUCACGCGCACUGCUGCAAAUCUCCUGGCUUCCAUGACAAAGAUAGACACCAAUUACUAUCCUGAGACAUUACACCGGAUGUACAUUGUCAAUGCUGGUCCUGGCUUUAAGAAGAUGCUUUGGCCGGCCACACAGAAAUUUCUUGAUGUAAAGACGAUUGCUAAAAUACAGGUGCUGGAACCCAAAUCCUUAUGUAAAUUACUGGAGGUGAUUGAUUCAAGUCAGUUGCCAGACUUCCUUGGUGGAUCAUGUACAUGCUCUGCCGAAGGAGGCUGUCUCAAGUCUAGUAAAGGUCCAUGGAAUGAUAUCGAGAUAAUGAAGCUUCUGCAUAAUGCUGAAGCAACAUUUGUGAGGGAAGUAACCAGAGUGUCUAACAACCAGCAGAUAUUUGACUCGUAUGUUCAGAUACGGCCACUGAAGGCAUCUAUCGCCAAAUCAGGGUCAGAUAUUGAUGAUCCUUGUUCAUCACUAGGACGAAGGAGUUCUACACCUCCUGCUUUGGCUGCAGUAGAUGAAGAAGCAUCAGACCAAGGUGCUUACUACACUUGUGACGAUCAUUUUCCUCUGGUUGAUAAAUCCAUCACAACUAAUCUGGGACAUGAUCAGGACCAAUCACUUGAUUGUCGUAUGAACAAUGGUUCUCGUGAGGCAACAUUAAAUUCAGAAGAUAGUUCGGUCAGCCAUCAACUUGACACUGUUAUGGAUAAAAUUGAGAAGAGAAAUUUCCCUCGUGUGGCGAGAUUGAUGAUAUCUUUCCUGGUCAGGCUAAUACCAUUUUCUCAUAUUUUAAGAUUGGAAUUUUGGAAAAGGCAGAACAACAAUGUUUACCCAUCUAAUUUGGGGGAAAGCAUCUCGGAUACUAAUUCACCGGCACCUGAAGCUGUGGAAGAAGACCGUGUCCUUCCAUGUUUACAGCGUCUUCAACAACUAGAAAAAAUAUACGAGGAACUCAGCAACAAGCCUGCUACCAUUCCUUUAGAAAAGGAUCGAAUGCUUAUGGAAUCUUUGGACAGGAUUAAGUCCGUUGAAUAUGAUCUUGAGCAAACAAAAAGAGUGUUGCAUUCUGCAGUGGUAAAGCAAGUUGAGAUUGCUAAUUUGCUGGAGAAUCUAGACGAGUCCAGAUUUCAUCGAAAGAGACUGUUCUGUUGAAUAGGUAAUCUUAGUGGAUCGGAGUAAAGAAGUAUGAUGCAGCUACAGCAAUAUACAGACUGGGAAGAGACACUUCGAAUUUAGAAUACAGUCUCUCUGCCCAACCCACUUUUUUUUUUUUUUUUUUUUUAAUUUUUUUUUUCUUAAACCGGGCUGUAACCUUUUGCUGCUUUUGGAACAGAACAGUGCAGAGAUGAAAAGAAAAGAAAAAAAAAAAGAAUGAAUGAAACUUUGUACAAUGCGGCAUCACUUUGUUUCAGAGAAAUUUUCCAGUGCCAUGUACAUAAAGAAAAUUACAAUGUAACAGAGGUUCUAAGUAUCUUUCAGGCCAACCACACUAAUUUAAUUUAUACUUGCAUUACCUAUUAUCAAA